UUUAGUCUUCCGUCCUCUUGGAGACUUAAUUAAUUCCCCAUUCUUGAAAAGUAGGAGGAGCUUGGGAUAAUGAACCCUACACAGCUUACAGAUCAACAUGCCUCAACUUUUACUUUCCAUCUUUCUGAUCCCAGCAACUCAAAUAUUGGCCACAUCCCAUAUUCACAUCCCUCUAAACACAACUUCGAUCCUUCGUCCUUUACAUUUGACCACUACAAUUUGGAAGCUCCCGCUCCCUCCAAUCAUACAAAAGACUUUGUCGCAGAAAGGGAAGAAAGAAUUAUAAGUCUUGAAGAAAGGAUUAAUUUGUAUCGAGCUGCACUUAAGGGCGAUUGGGAAAGCGCUGAAUCUAUAUUGGUAGACAACAUGAGUUUGUUAAGUGCUUCAAUAACUCGAGACAAGGAGACAGCUCUCCAUAUUGCAGCUGGAGCCAAACACAGCGUCUUUGUGGAAAGGCUUAUGGAAAUGAUUACCAAAGAGGAAGUUACUACGAAAAAUAGACAUGGAAAUACUGCCUUAUGCUUUGCUGCUGCUUCGGGAGUUGUAAGAAUUGCUGAGCUGAUGGUUAACAAAAACAAUAAUCUUCCCCUUAUUCGUGGCUUUGGCGAUGUUACUCCACUUUUCAUGGCGGUUUCUUACAAAUGUAAACCCAUGGCUUCCUAUCUCUUGUCUGUCACUCAACUCAACCACCUAACCUCCCAAGAGAAAAUUGAGCUUCUUAUUGCCACCAUAUAUAGUGACUUUUUUGAUAUAAGUUUGAAUAUCUUGGAACAUGAUCCAACGUUGGCUACUACAAUAGACGCAAAAAACAAUAAUGAGACAGCAUUGCACGUCAUGGCUAGAAAACCGUCAGCGAUUAACGGUGGAGAUCGAGUUAACCUUUGGAAAAGCUGUAUCACUUCAGUGAAAGGGAUCUCCAAUAAUAAAGAAGAAGAAAUGAAGACAUUAGCCCGUCAGCUAGUUGAAUCAUUAUGGAAACAUGCUGUAUUUGAGUUGCCACAAAAGGAGUUGAUGAGGUUCAUUAGACAUCCCUCAAGAGUGCUUCAUGAAGCCGCCAGUGUAGGAAAUGUGGAGUUUUUGGUAUUACUCAUUCGUAGAUAUCCAGAUAUAGUAUGGGAAGAAGACGAUGAUGGUAAAAGUAUAUUUCACGUAGCAGUUGAGAAUCGGCUGGAGGAUGUGUUCAAUCUAAUAUAUGAGAUUGGUGGGCUCAAGGAUUUUUCUGCAAAAUAUCGAACCACUGUCAAAGGAAAGUAUAACAUUCUACAUUUGGCUGCCAAACUAGCUGCUCCUAACCAUCUCAAUAGGGUCUCAGGAGCAGCCCUUCAAAUGCAACGUGAAUUAAUUUGGUACAAGGAAGUGGAGAAGAUAGUUCUACCAUCCCAACUAGAGGCCAAAUGUGAUGAUCCUCAUAAGUUGACACCACGAGAGUUAUUCAUUAAAGAACACAAAGAUCUUCGCAAAGAUGGCGAGGCAUGGAUGAGAAACACAGCAAACUCAUGCAUGCUUGUUUCAACUUUAAUUGCCACAGUAAUAUUUGCAGCAGCCUUCACAGUUCCUGGUGGUGAUGAUAGUGAAGGCACUCCUAUAUUUCAAAAGAAGUUUUGGUUCACUGUAUUUGUUAUAUCAGAUGCAGUUGCUUUAAUCUCCUCUUCAUCUUCUAUUUUGGUGUUUUUGUCAAUCCUAACUUCACGCUAUGCAGAAGAUGAUUUCUUGCACUCAUUGCCCUCUCAAUUGCUCAUUGGGUUCACUUCGUUGUUCAUCUCUAUAGUGUGCAUGGUGGUAGCUUUUAGUUCAACCUUCUUUAUGCACUACCACAAUAAUACAAAUAUGUGGGUUCCAACAACAGUGGCUACAACAACGAUUGUUCCAGUUUUAUGUUUUUGUGUGCUUCAGUCUAAACUAUGGGCCGAUAUAUUCCACAAUACCUAUUUGUCUAAAUAUCUUUUCAAGCCCAGUCAACGUAAAUUAUCCUCAUCAUCUCGUAUUACUUCUUUCUUUUCAUCAUCUACUACUAGCCCUUCCGUUUUACCUCUACCCAACUCUAUUGUUAGUCCUGAAAUUAGUCCUGAGAUUAGUCCUGAGAUUAGUCCUGAUUUCCCUUGAUAGGAUCUAGAAUUUUAUCACUGGAGGUACAAAUUUGUAUUUAGUCCUUGAAUUUGAUAUUUAAAAAAUAUUUAAUAUAUCUUUUAAUUUUAAA